AUGUUGCACAUACAUCGCCUAGCAUCUUUAAGACAUUCAGCUUUACAGGUUACACGGACGCAAUUGAGACAGUUCAGUAAAUGCUCGCGACCCUCCCUGCUACGGGAUACCACUAAAUUACUGAAGCAGAAUAAAGGACUUUUCAAAUCUAUCACAAGAACGUGCUUCCACCCGGGAGCAAACACAUUAGCCCCAAUCCAGUCGAGUGCGCAGUUGACCGGAUGGCAACUCUUACAAAAACUGCUCCGACUAGUUUGGCCGAAAGGCAAUUGGCAUAUGAAGCGAAGAGUUAUAUUAGCAAUGCUUUUGCUUGUCGGAGCGAAGUUAGCCAAUGUGUCAGUUCCAUUCUUGUUUCGUGACAUUAUCAAUUACUAUAACGGAGUUGCUCCAUCUUUCUUGAAGCUGAACUUUGACUCUCCUGGAAAUGCUAUAUUCACUGCUGGAAUCUGUAUUAUCAUUGCAUAUGGAAUUGCCCGCUCUACUUCCGCAGCGUUCAAUGAGUUAAGGAACGCCGUGUUUGCGAGAGUUGCUCAAGGAUCGGUCAGAAAAACUGCUCGACAAGUUUUUCUACAUCUUCAUCAGCUUGAUCUGUCUUUCCAUUUAAACAGACAAACAGGAGCUCUGUCUAAAGCAAUGGAUCGCGGAACUCGUGGAAUGAGCUUUGUAUUGUCUUCGCUGGUUUUCAGUGUUGUUCCUACAGCAGUUGAAUUGACUUUGGUAACAACAAUUUUUUACAACACUCUGGGUGCUCACUUUGCUUAUAUGAGCAUUGGUAGCAUAGGGAUGUAUGCAUUAGCUACGCUAGGAAUUACUAGAUGGAGAACUAAAUUUCGCCAUGAAAUGAACCAAGCUGAUAAUGAUGCUGGAAGUAAAGCUGUAGAUUCUCUCAUUAACUACGAAACUGUUAAAUACUUCAACAACGAAAAAUUCGAAGCCAAGCGUUACGAUCAAUAUUUAGCUAAGUACGAACAAGCCUCUCUCAAAACAACGACAUCCUUAGCGUUAUUGAAUUUUGUUCAAAAUUCUAUCUUUUCUGUAGGUUUAGUUGGUAUCAUGGCUUUAUCUGCCAAUAGGAUUGUGUCUGGUGAUGCAGCCAUAGGAGAUCUGGUACUGGCUAACACUUUACUUUUCCAACUUUCAAUACCUCUGAAUUUCUUAGGCUCGGUUUAUCGUGAGGUUAAGCAAGGCUUGAUCGACAUGAAUAGUAUGUUUUCUCUGUUGAACCUAAAGCCCAAGAUUGUGGAACAUCCUAAUCCUAAAGAAAUAAAGGUUGAUGGUAAUGAUAUAACCAUUAAGUUUGAUAAUGUUCACUUUGGUUAUUUACAUGAAAAACCUAUCUUGAAUGGCUUAACAAUGGAAAUACCUGCGGGUAAGAAAGUUGCGAUCGUUGGUGGAUCUGGCUCUGGAAAAUCUACAAUCGUUCGUUUGCUUUAUCGCCUGUUUGAUUCGAAUUCUGGUAAAAUACUGGUUAAUGGAGUUGAUGUUAAAGAGGCUUCUCUCGAUUCUCUCAGAAGAAAUGUUGCUAUCGUUCCACAGGAUUCUGUACUGUUCCACGACUCCAUAUUUUACAACUUAGCUUAUGGAAAUCCUAAAUCUACUGAACAGGAAGUGUUAGCUGCAGCAGAAACGGCAGACUUACAUCAUUCGGUUUUAAAAAUGCCAAGAGGCUAUGAGACAGUAGUUGGAGAGAGAGGGCUGAAAUUGUCUGGUGGAGAAAAGCAACGAGUUGCCAUUGCUAGAGCCAUAUUAAAGAAUGCCCCUCUCGUUAUAUAUGAUGAAGCGACAUCUUCGCUUGAUGCCAUCACGGAAGCAAAUAUAAUGAGAGCUUUGAAAGGAGCUGUUGACAAAAAAACUACGUUGUUCAUUGCUCAUCGAUUAGCGACAAUUGUUGAUGCCGAUAUCAUCUAUGUGUUGGAAGGUGGAAAGGUUCUCGAGAAAGGUAAUCACUUGGAGCUCAUUAAAUUGGAUGGAAAAUAUGCUGAAUUAUGGCAAAGCCAGAAUCAUCACGCCGGCCUUGUUCCGCCAAAAAUUAAGGAAACCGAUCUCGAUAAGGAGUUACUUGAAUUAGACUUGAAAGCAUGCUGUGGAAGUUCAGGAUGCAGUCGUUAG